CGUGCGGGGACUUGCAAUGAGGCUUACUUGCUGCUGCUUAGUAAUGCGGGUGUUGUACUGAGGCCGUACUCAGUCGGUGCUUAUCCGUUGGACGACGCGGACGCGGGAGAUUCUUUUGCGCGGAGUGAUUCGGUUCGAUUUUUGGGAAUAGUUGUUCUGAAAGGUUGUGAUCCUUGGCAGGUUUCGAGCGUUUACAUUUUCGGAGAAAAAGAAAAAUCAGCAACUUUUUGGAAGUGAGUGAUUUGGUUUGUGUGAAUUAACGGAAGGUGAAUGUGGUUGAGAAGGUUUCAAAACAAGUAGAACAAAACUACUUUCGAAUGCAGACUGCGUACAACCAGGGAAGACGUAUGAAAAUAUUCUAUAUAAAAAAUAUAAAAUAUUGAUGAGCCAGCAAUCUAGUGCCGCAAAUCAAGCAGAGCGGAUUGAAUCUGGAAUCGAUUUGUCAAGAGUGUUGUGCCGGAUAAUCGGUGAAUUUGAAGUUGUAUAAUCCCAACGUUAAUCGAUCAACGAGUGUGACACAAUCAAUUGCAAGUAAGAGCCGUUCUGGGUAGUUUCCCGCAAGUGAUUUUUCGCGAACCAGGGUGGAAAAUUCUUAGAGAGAAGAAGUUGUGUCUAUUCUAGAACAUCAAAUCGACUGCGCUGCCCUUGGUCCACAUUCGAGCGUGUCGUACCUGAGGCGCUACAGUACGAUGGACCAACCGUCGCCUCCGCCAACCAUGCGCCGCAGCAUCCCGGACACCUACGCGGGCCGAACGCUGUUCAUAACCGGUGCGACGGGUUUCAUGGGCAAAGUCCUGGUGGAGAAGCUGCUGCGGGACUGCCCGGAGCUCAAGUGCAUCUACCUGUUGAUCCGCACGAAGCGGGGCGUGGACGCGGCCCAGCGCAAGGACGAAUACCUGAAGCAUCUGGUGUUUGACCGGAUCCGCGAGACGAACCGGGCCCAGCUGGACAAGAUCCGGCUCGUGCGUGGGGACAUCCUGGAGGACGACCUGGACAUGGCGAACGGCGAUCGGGCCGAGCUGGCGGAAAACGUCGAGGUGGUGUUCCACUGUGCGGCCAACGUGCGCUUCGACCAGGAGCUGAAACAGGCCGUCAACUACAACCUGAACGGAACGCUGCGGGUUCUGCGGCUGGCCGAACGCAUGAAGCGGCUGGUGGCGUUUGUGCACGUGUCUACGGCGUUCUGCCAGUGCAACGAAGCCGUCGUGGAGGAACGGGCGUAUCCGGCGCCCCACAGCCCGCUGGGCAUCUCCAAGCUGGCCGACCUGGUCGACAGCAAGGUGCUGGAUCUGGUGACGCCAAGCCUGCUCAACAAUCUACCCAACACGUACGCCUACACCAAAGCAUUAACGGAAGAUCUCGUCAACGGGUUCCGCGAUCGGCUUCCGGUCGCGAUCGCCCGACCAACGGUCGUCAUCGCCGCCUGGAGGGAACCCAUUCCCGGCUGGAUCGAGGGAACGCACGGCCCUACCGGACUUAUGAUUGGCGGUGGUCGUGGCGUCAUCCGAACCAUGCACUGCAACCCGGAGUACGAUUCCGGCCUGAUGCCGGUGGACGUAACGAUGAACGGCGUGAUCAUCCUUGGCGCGGAACGCAUCAACACCGGGUUCCAGCAGAACACGCUGUUUUGCAACAUCGCCUCGGGUAACGUGAAUCCGAUCACGUGGGGCGACGCGCUCGAAGCUGGCCGCAAAAAGCUGUACGACAAUCCGCUCUGCUUUUCCCUGUGGUAUCCGGACGGUUCGAUCAAGUCCAACUAUUUGUACCACAUGCUCUGCGUAGUCUUGUUCCAUUAUCUGCCGGCGUACCUAAUCGAUUUCUUGCUGAUUAUACUUCGAAGGAAACCAUUCAUGAUCAAAAUCCAGAAGAAGAUCUCCCAGGGCCUGAACGUGCUCCAGUACUACACCACCAAGCAGUGGGUGUUCAACAACGACCGCAUGUGCGCCAUGUACGGCCGCCUGUCCGAGAAGGACCGGCAAACGUUCUUCUUCGACAUGAGCGCCCUGGAUUGGCCCAGCUAUUUCCGGGACUACAUCCUCGGUGUGCGGCAGUACGUCCUGAAGGAACCACCGGCGACGCUUCCCAAGGCCAGGAGGCUGCUCAGAAAAUUGUACAUCAUGGACAAAUUGGUGCAAGCGGCGAUCUACGCGUUGAUUCUGUGGCUGGUUUGGUCCUACUGGGACGUUGUGAUCGGUUCGAUUCAGUUUGUGCUCGAUAGUAGCGUCGAUGGUGUUAGGAAAACCUUUGCUCGUGGAACACGGGCUUAAUGAAUUGACUGGACUUUUUUUUUAUUGUUUAUUGUUUAUUCGUCAAGCU